UCGGUUAUAAUAUUUGUUAUUUUACUGACACAGACAGGGGGAUUGGAAACUGACGCGAUGGAGCUCAGGGACUUUAUUUAAUUUAUCAAAUGCAGUGACCCAACGGCAACGCGGUGUUGUAAUGGCCAAAUAAUGUGAAGUAUUGUGAGCGCUAGCGACAGUGUGGAGCUGCUGGCCGGCCGGCCGAUGACUACAGUCAGCAGCCGCAGAGGGGUGGUACAGAGUGAGAGAGAUAGGAAGUCAGCAACAUCCUCUCUACUGUUACCGACAGCCCCAAGGCGCGCACAAACACACACACAGGAGUUUCGGCGUCCACCUUCUAUUCCACCGCUGACUCGAGCUGACAGGACCAGAAGGACAGGAGAGAGAGAGAGAGAGGGAGUCCUAGCUUCUCCUCCUCCCCUCACCUCCUCGCUGGGACAUGGCCCGGAGCAGGCGAGCCGGAGCCGAAGAGGCUGCAACCCAGCCACUGUGCACUUGGAACCGGGCUUUGGCUCCUUCUCACCUGAACGAGAAUUAGUUCGCUCCUCGCUCUGGGAUUCAGCGGGAGAGAGAGAGACGAGGAUCCACCAGCUCUCCACCCAAAUCUCCUUUCUACUGAAACCUCCCCUCAAAGAAAAAAAAGGUUAAACAUUUUCUUUAUACAAAAAAGCGGUAUUAUUUACUUACAGUGUGUUUUAAAACACAAAAGCUUUAGGGCCUGUCAGGAGCAGAUUUCUCCCUCGCCUGCAGUAGAAGGUUGAAUGAAUGUCUGCUGUGGGAGGAAGCUCAGUGAGUUGGUUGCUGAUCGAGUUCUUCCCUCGGUGCUGAUUUCGAUGGUUCUCCUGGAGACUUGGGGGCUCCCGUCUCUCGCUCUCCUUGUCUUCCUACAAAGUGCCAUGGGUUGUAUCAACAGCCUCGCCUGCAAGCCGAGGGUGUGCCGGGAUUCCAUCUCCCUGCAUGAAAUCUCGGCCAGCAUCGACAGCAACCCCACCAGCAUCGACGAGUCGUCGGACAUCGUGCUGCGCUACCGGACCCCCUACUUCCGAGCCUCGGCGCGGGUCUGCGUGCCCCCGAUUCUCAAGGCGGACACCUGGGUGGUCGGUUGGAUUCAAGCUUGCAACUACAUGGAGUUUUACAACACCUACGGGGAUCUAGGCAUGUCCAGUUGGGAGCUGCCAGAUCUGAGAGAUGGAAAAAUUAGUGCAAUAAGUGACUCUGAUGGAGUGAAUUAUCCUUGGUACGGUAACACCACUGAAACUCACACAAUAGUUGGGCCCACCAGAAGGGAGGUUCGCUUUACAGUCAGCAUGAAUGACAACUUCUACCCCAGUGUCACCUGGGCCAUCCCUGUCAGCAAGUCCAAUAUACCCCAACUAUCCAGUAUUAAGAGAGACCAAAGUUUCACCACCUGGCUGGUGGCCUCCAAUCAAGGGACUGGUGAGAUUAUCAUCUUGCAAACAAUCAAAUGGAGAAUGAAGCUUCACAUUGCGGUGGAUCCGACAAAACACCUGGGAGAGCGUGCUGUACUGAUGGAGCCUAUUAAUCAAGAACGCCCUCUGAUUCUCACAAAGAAUGAGCCAAUUGCACCCAAUGUGUUGAAGAAACCCAAUGCAAAUGAUGCUCAGGUGCUGAUGUGGCGGCCGACAUUCGGGGAACCACAGGUAGUCAUCCCUCCGAAGAACUAGCUUUGUGUUGAUGCUCCUAAAACACAAAACAGCACUGGGUGUUCAAAACCAACAUGUGCACUAAUCAUAUAAGAAUUCCUCUACCUUGAACCAAAAUGGUAGAGAAAAACAUCACUGUGCUGAAAUCUGAUUUGUUUGCUGAGCUAAAGGCCAUCACACUGUGGGAUCAUCUCAUCUUAAAGACUUUAGCUUUGGCUUCUGGUCCUCUGUUGAAGCAUCGCACAAGUCAAAGAAAUUUUAUUGAAUGUCGGUCAAAACUGGAAUGCAAUUGCACAUGAACAAUUUUUGCAAACUUUUGUUUUUGUACUAGAAAAAAAAACUAUCUCCUAACCAUGCUGCCUUAAGUUAGCAAAAGCAUCUCAUUGCAAGUAUUUGCCUUAAAAUGUCAAAAGAACUUCACCAUGAAUAUAAAUUGAAUGCUGUUUCAUUAUGACUGCAAUAUGCGAUUAUAAACCAGCCUGCUCUUGAUCUGUGAAAAAUGUUUCUUCAUACAUAACCCUGAACACUUUUCAUUUUAUGGCGAGGUCCUGAAAAUGCAUUUUCAAGUGGAAUCUAAUUAACUAACCCCAAAAUCUGCUCAUUGAUAGUCAAGAAUAUGAAUGUGAUGUGACAGUAUCCAGAAUAGGGCGAUAUCAAGCAAUGGUCAAUUUAGAACAAACUGAAGUAGACCACAAUAUUCCAAUAACCGAGACCCCGAGAACCACCAUUAUUAACAUCUGGUACAUUACUGAGAUGUUUUAUACUAUAUUUUCAAUUUUCAUGAAGAAUAUUUCUUAGACAAUGCAGGUUCAAUGCAUAUUGUUAAUCUAGUACCAUGAGAUAAUGAGUUCAGCAACAUGGAUCUACAGGGUGAAUGGGCUCCUCCAAAUCCAAUGUUCAUGUUUCUGGUUAAGACUUGGAAGGAUAUACUUUCCAACAGCAGGCAGAGUGAUAUCAGUUCCCUAUACGCUCACCACAAGGGUUAUUGCAGGUGUUCAUGAAUUUGUACUUCCCUCACAAAAACUCCCAUCAUAGAACUGUAGAGAAUUUACAUCACAGAGAGCCAUUUGGGUCUAACUGGUUUGUGCUGGUGUUUAAGCCUCCUCAUGCAGUACUUUAUCCAACCCCAUUAAAAUACCCUUCUAUUUCUUUGAGCCUCAUAUGCUUUUCUAGCUUAUCCUUAAGUACAUGAUUGUUGUUCAAUCACUCCAUGAGGUAGUGAGCUUCACAUCCCCACCACUCUGGGGAAAUUUGCAUUUCUCCUUAACAUCACAUUAGAUUUAUUAGUGAUAAUUUUAUGUUCAUUGCUUGUAGUUUUGGACCACCCGCCACCACUAGUGAAAUAACAUCUCCGCAAUGAACCUUAUCAAAAUUUUGAAGCCAUCUCUCAGGUCACACUUCACAUAUUUGCCUGAGAAGAGGAUUCCAGGAAAGAAUUUAUAGUCAACAUGUGCCAGGGAUGAGGUGAUGGCUAGAAAAGGGUUUGAUCUAAUGCGUUCAACAACCAGGGUAUUUGUUUGGAAAAUGGUGGCAUCCUCUACAUCAGACUGAGGUGCCAAUAAUAAUUCAGUGCAUCAAGAUUAUGUGCCCCUUAACUGCCUCUCCCUUUAUUAAUCAGCAUGAAAGAGAACAGUGUUAAGGGCAAUCAAUCCUCAAGCCUGCAAUGUUAUUUAUUGAACUACUUGGCUGUAAAAAUUUUUGGAAAUGAUUUAAACUUGAUGAUAUUGCCAUUAUUGUGAAACAUUGCAACAUUUGCACCCUGACAACUGAAUCUAAAAUGGAUCCGUUUCCUGCUAAAGCUGUGAAGGCUAUAAAAGAAAAAAAAGUUCUUUGAAGAAGAAUUAAAAAAAAGUGAAAUUACAAGUGCUCUCACUUGUUGUCCCCAUUAUUCUCUGCAUUACAUGUUUGGGACUGAGAAGGAGUUGGAACCUGACUACAGGCCGUCCUCAGGUAACAAACGGGUUCAUUUUUACAGACACCCAUAAGUUGCUUUUGUCUGCAAGUCCGAAAAUAAACAAAAAUCACUUGAUAUGGUAACCAUACCGCCAAGGUAUGUAAAUUAAUGGCAUCAAAAGCACACAAGAUCAAUAAGAACAAUUACUAAAAGUGGAGAGAGGGAGAGGAAACCAGUUCUGCUGUUCGUAAGUAUGUCGGACUUUUAAAUUUAACAAUAUUAUGAGAGCUGGUUUGUACAUUGGGGUUGUCCAUAAAUCAGGCGUUUAUAAUCUGGGAGCACCAUGAACAAAUGAGCCACUGUAUUUUGUAUUUAUUUAGCCCCUUUAAUAUUACAAAAUGUCCAAAGGCAUCUGUCCAUAGAAGAGUUAUCAAACAAAAUGACACUGUAACACAAAACAAAAAGCUCAAUCAGUAGAGAUGGUUUGAAGGGCUGUUCUAAAAAGAGAGAUGGUGAAGUUGAGAGAGGAAACACCUGAACUUAAGAUCAUAGACACUGAAGGCAUGGUUGCCAAUAAAGAAGCAAUGAUUUAGGGAUAUUCAAGGCAGCAAAUUGGGGAAGUGGAGAUAUCUGCGGGUUAUACAGCUGGACGUAGUUACAAAAUUAAGUAAGGGUUAGGAUGCAGAAAGGUUUGAAAUCAAGAAUAAGAACUUUAAAAUUGAACAUUGUUGGAGUAAAGGUCAAUGUAGGCCAGCAAGCAGAGGGGCAAAUGAGGGGUAAUUCUUGAUAAAAAUUAAGAAACAGGAUGAUGUAGGGAAUAUGGGUUAGGUACAGUAAGUAUAGGAAGAUCAGGUCACUUAAGAUGGCUUUGCAGCUUUCCAGAAUCUUCAAUACAAACAUGCAUUCUACUUCACGACUACGCUGUAAACUAAUUUCCAAUUCUUUCCCCAUCCACGUAAAUUAUCAGACAUCUCAUCCCCCUCUUUCCUUUCCAACCUAAUGAUGUAAUUGAAGUUCCUAAACUCGUACAACAGCUGUGGCACAAUGGGGAGCAGUUUCUCCUGAGUCAGAAAACUGAGUUUAAGUUCACACUGGAAUCCUGAGCACACUAACUAGCUGA